AUGUCUGCUCCUACCGAUAAGCCCGCCUCGUCCUGCAAGGUGAUGUUGAGCAAGAACGUUGCCAACCGCCUCCUCGCCGAAGUCCACGAGGGAGUCAAGACCCUCGAGAAGCCGCCUCAUCUGGUCGGUUUACUGGCCAACAAUGAUCCAGCUGCGCUGAUGUAUGCGGAGAUGACAAAGAAGACAUGUGAAGAGAAUGGAUUCAAGUACACGUUGCGCGAAGUCUCCCGGGACGACAUCGAACAAGCGAUCCUAAACGCCAACAGCGACAACGCCGUCGACGGGAUAAUCGUCUACUACCCAAUCUUCAACAACCGCCAAGACCAAUACCUGCAGCAAAUCGUCGACAUGACCAAAGACGUCGAAGGCCUAAGCCACCGCUACAUCUUCAACAUGUACCAGAACAUCCGCUACCUCGACGGCGAGGCCAAGCGCCAAAAAUCCAUUCUGCCCUGCACUCCGCUGGCCAACAUCAAGAUCCUCGAGUACCUCAACAUCUACAACACCAUCUUGCCAUACGGCAACCGUCUCUUCGGACACACGAUUUGCGUGGUGAAUCGGUCCGAGGUCGUUGGUCGUCCGCUUGCGGCGCUGUUGGCUAAUGAUGGUGCUUGUGUUUACUCGGUUGAUAUUACUGGUGUGCAGAAGUUUACGCGCGGUGAGGGGUUGAAGAAGAAGACUCAUGAGGUUGUUGAUCUUGAGGGGAAGACUAUGAAGGAUGUUGUGCCGCUUUGUGAUGUGGUUAUUUCUGGUGUGCCCGGGGAGAAGUUCAAGUUUGAUACUAGUCUCCUGCGUGAGGGUGCUGUUUGUGUCAAUUUCUCUAGUGAGAAGAACUUCCCCCACGAGGUCCGGGACAAGGCUUCUCUUUUCGUUCCCUCCAUUGGAAAGGUUACCAUUGUUGUUCUCAUGCGCAACCUUCUGAGACUCAUCCAGAACAAGCGCAUGGACGAUGUCAAGCCUGCCGAGGCCACCGAACAACCUGGUACCCUUGAAGCGGCCUCGUAA